AUGCAGAAAUUGUCAUUCGACACCACGCCAAAUGCAACAUUCCUCUGCGGCACGGGAACAUUAGCCAUCAUGAAGGAAGAUGGCUACUGGUCCGACAACAAGAAGAGCGAGUAUGAUGAGAAAAUUUGGGACCCCAAGCGCUCCGAGCUACCCAUCAAAGAGCUCCCGGCCUCGACAGCAUGCUCCUCCCUCCCCCAGAAGGUUAAAGGGGGAAAGUUUGGAAUAUUCGAAAAGGCUUUGGACUUUUUUGGGGACGGAAGCUUUUUCCUGGUCGAUUCACCUGGCCAUCUUGCUGGAAAUAUUAGCGCUCUUUUCAGAACUCGUAGCAGGGAUGGAGAACCCAGAUGGAUUUUUCUUGCGGGUGACUGCUUCCACCCUCAUCACUUCGUCCACUAUCCAGAGGCUCCUUUUGGUGAUAUUCUUAUCGCUCCAAGCGGAUGUAUCCAUGUUGAUCCAGAAGCCGCUCGAGAGACUAUCCGCAAAAUUUCUGCUCUGCGAGAGAGUGAUCCGAGUGUUCGAGUGUGGGCGGCUCACGCUGGCUCAUUAGAAGGUUACUGGGAGUUUUCAAGUUAG